GUUGCAUUGGCUUUGGGCCCCCACACCCACUUAACCUAUAAAAGAAGCGAUUUUAUUCUCCAAACCCAACGAAACUUCCUUUUUCAAACUCUUCCUCUCUUUGUUUCCCUCUGUUUCUUCUUCCAUCGGCCAUCCAAAAGCCAAGCACUAUCAUCAUGAUGAAGCUCUUCUCUUCUUCCAGACUCUCUGUUUUUCUUCUUGCCGUCUUCUUGGCUCUCGCCGGCGCAGGCGCCGAGCUCCGGCGGUUGGACCACCCGGCCAAGGCUGAUGGGUCGCUCAGCCUUCUGGUGGUUGGUGACUGGGGGAGAAGAGGAACCUACAACCAGUCCCGGGUUGCUUAUCAGAUGGGUAAAAUAGGAGAGAAGAUGGAUAUAGAUUUUGUCAUCUCCACUGGGGACAACUUUUACAGCAAUGGAUUAAAGGGCGUAAACGAUCCAGCAUUUGAGGAGUCCUUCACCAAUGUUUACACUGCCCUCAGCUUACAAAAACAGUGGUAUUCGGUUUUGGGCAACCAUGACUAUAGAGGAGAUGCUGUGGCACAGUUGAGUCAUGUCCUAACAAAAAGAGACAGCAGAUGGCUCUGCAUGAGAUCUUUUAUUGUUAAUGCAGAAUUCGUAGAAUUUUUCUUCGUAGACACCACUCCCUUCCAAGAUAAGUACUUCACCGAUCCAGAGGAUCAUGUCUACGAUUGGCGAGGCGUGCUCCCACGUCAACCUUACCUCUCUAAUCUCUUAAAGGAUUUGGAUUCAGCCUUGGGGCAGUCAAAUGCAAAAUGGAAAAUUGUGGUUGGGCAUCAUACAAUUAGAAGUGCUAGCGUCCAUGGUGACACCCAAGAGCUUGUUUCCAAGCUUCUCCCAAUACUUCAGGCUAACAACGUGGAUUUUUAUGUGAAUGGACACGACCAUUGCUUGGAGCACAUUAGUAGUCCCGAUAGUGCACUGCAAUUUUUCACAAGUGGUGGAGGAUCGAAGGCAUGGAGGGGCGUAUUUAGCUGGCAGAACCCUAAGGAAAUGAAGUUUUACUAUGAUGGGCAAGGUUUCAUGAGCCUGCACAUUACUCCCACUGACGCUCAAGUUGUGUUCCAUGAUGUCUUUGGCACUGUUUUGCACAAAUGGAGUGCAACCAAGCAACAACCCUACUACUCUGCUCUUUAAUUGAACAAUUAAUUUAUCAAAUUGUAGCUAAAGAUCCUAUAUAUUGUGAUUAACUGUUGUGUUGUGUUGUUUCCAUGGGCCAUGGCGCCAUGCCAUGCAUGCUUAAGACAACAAUGAUUUGAUUCUA